AUGAAGGACAAAGUGAGGAAAGGAGCAGCAGGAAGAGCACAAGCCAAGACGAAUGAUGUUAUCAGCCUGACUCAUGGUAAAGAUGCUCCUGCUACCAAGCUAGAAGAUGACUCAUCAUUCCCUGUCAAGAUCCAGGGAGCUGGUGUGGAGCCUUUUGAGUUUCAGAUUUGUGGAUUUUGGCAAGUUCAAGAUGCGCUAACAACUUUGCUCUCAAGAGAUGAGGUCGCCCCACGCUCCAACCUGUACUUGACCUUUGCUGGAACACCUCUCGACCCCCUUGCUGGAUUGCAAACCAUAAAGGGACUUAAACCUGGAGCUGUCCUGCGCCUGGUUGAAGAGCCUUUCACUGCCCGCUCAGCGAGGCACCACUUGGCUCGGGUCCUAGAACUUUUGAGGGCAUCAGGACCCCAGGACGCAUUGAGAGAAGGACGUUCACCAAGCUUACUGGACACACUUACAAAUGCACAUGCACCAGAAACAAGUUUACCAAAUGGAAAAAGCCUGAAACGCUCUGCAAGCAACCCAAAAUCCGAAGCACUCAACAAUGAUGGUGCACCCCCUGAGUACCUCCUGCCUGGUUCCUCUGACAGGCCACUCAUGGCCUUACUUCCACACAGCUCCCAGCCAGAAAUCCCAACCUACCUCAGGGAUUUGUCUCUUAGCUCUUGGGACCCUCCUCCAGGAAACAGAAAGUUACAAGGAGACUUUCUGUACAUUACUGUGGUGACAACGGAGGGACAAAGAUGUGACGUUACAUCUUGUCCGAAAGGUUUCUUUGUUAACAGAUCUACACAAGAGGUUUUUGAUCCCCGUCCUUCCCAAUCAUCCCCGGUGUGCCACUGCUUCACUGACCUGCUCUGUCAUAUUAGCCCUGCCUUCAAACAAGCUUUCACUAAAAGCAGGCAUCAGAUAUCUGAAGUGGACAUGAUGCCCACUCCUUACCAAACACUGUGUUGGCUUGGGCCCCCCUGUGCAACUCGCACUCACAAAAACACCUUCAGCAGUCUGGGGGUGGAAGAUCAACCAGCAAACCAGGCUCCAGAUUGGAAUGAGGAGCUGCAAGUAGCCAAAGAUCGGCCGCAAACAACCCUGGAGGAGAGACUGCAGAGGGAACGAGCUCUCCUACAGGUAAACAGUGCUUUUGUGAGGACUGUUUCCCAGGGGGCGGAAACUGUGAUAGAAGGCUUUGCCGAGCCAGUCAAUGGGAAUCCGGAGGAUCCAGCUUUCCUAUUUGGUGGCCUUUUUAUGAGUCGGGGGGCAGCAAGUAAUGUGUUCGGUGGGGAGAGGGGUCGCAGGGCUGCUCAAAGAUUGGAGCUUAAAGGAGUGCAGAUGUACAGUGAUUUACAGGGACUGCAGGGGUUGCACACUCUACCCACAGCCAUUGUAGAUUACAGAGGAGUGCGCCUAUCAGCCCAAGGUUUGGCUCCUGGCUUGGAAGGCACAGAGCAGGAGGAGGGAACCGCCCCUGUCUCACGGGGUUUGCUUUACGGAGUAAACGCUGGAUUGCAAGAGUCUCCGAAUCGCAGACGCAUACUGGAACUCCUGGCUCACGCUGCAAAAGCUCUUUCUCUGCAGAGACAUGUUGUUUUAGCACCCAACGGUCACCGGGUACCACUCUUCACAUCAGUGGAUACACAGGGUCUGCUGGGGGCAGACGGCCGAUUCUACAUACUGGAUGUGUUCAGGACUUUACCGGCUGAUGCUAAUUACUGUCCAGAGCCAAGUGAAGUAGAGCAGUAUAAAGAAAGCUGUAACGGAUCUGACGAGACGGCUUUACGCGAAGGCUGGCCGCAGAAUUAUCAGAAAGAUCUCGGCCUUCCAAAGAGUUUUCCUCACAGCCUGUGUAGACUGAGGCCGGAGUUGAUGCAAACCUUCAUCCAGCACAAACACUCCCAGUUUACACAGCUUGUCAGGGAGAAGUUGGAAAACAACGGAGGCUUUGAAGAGUGUGCGACAGCCUGUGAUUCUCGAGCCACUGAAGCAGUGCGGGCUGCUUGUCAAGAAGUGGGUUCUCUUAGUGACGUCAUCUUUGAGAUGCGAUUUUGCCCCAAUAUCUUCUCUCCAGGAGUGUCUUUCCCCAUCAAUGAAAGUGCAUCUGUACACAUCCAUGAAAAGUUACUGCGUGAAGCGGCAGCUUUCAUUAUAACUCACCAGAUACCGGCCUUUGUGGAGCACUGUCUACAAAGCAAUGAGACCCCAAUGGAUGGCGCUUCUCUAAAAGAGGCGCUACACGAAAGAGGCAUCAACUUACGGUAUCUGGGCUAUGUUCUCAAAACCAUCAACCAAUCAAAACAUAAAGAGCGCCUGAGACAUAUAACGAGAAUAGUUGUGGGGGAAAUUUUAAUGCGUUCAACAAGGAGAGUCUUCAACAGUUUCCUCCAGGGAUUGGACAUGCCUUGUCUAGCGACAGCGGUCAGUCACUUCCUGUGCUGCCUACUCGUCCCUCACUUCACAGCCUCCACCGUGGGAGAGGACACAAAAAAGAAAUCAAGACGCCGUGGUCGAGGCCCUGGGGCCUCUGAGGGCACGACAUGGAGCACGCUCACUGCGAAUGAGCUGUGGAACCAGGUCUGCCAGGAUGCCGUUCAAACAUACAAUGUCUCUGACAGCCUUGGUCCUGGUCUGAACCAACUGGUUGACCGUCACAGGCUUCAGAAAAUCUCCCUACUUAGAGAGUUUUGUCUAAAGACUGGAGUACAGCUGAGAUUGAGGGACUACUUAUUUGACAGCCAUAGUAAACCUCCCAUUGGACCAGAUGACAUAAUCAACAUCUUCCCGAUGGUCAAACACAUUCAGAUGCCCACUUCAGAUGCUUCUAAGGCAUUUCAUGCGGCGCAGAACUACCUUCAGAAAGGUCUGAUGGAUCAGGCCUAUGAACAACUAAAAGAUGCUACAUAUCUGUUUGGGAGAGUAUGUGAUGAUCUCCAUCCCGAGGCAUGUUAUUGCCACAGCCAGCUGGCCAAGCUGGCAUUUCUGCUGGGGAAAACUGCUGAGGCCCGCAGUGUCCAACUGAGAGCAGUAGUCAUCAGUGAGAGGGUCCUUGGGUUUGACCACCCCAACACUAUCCACCAAUAUGCCCUUUUAGCUGUAUAUGUUUGUGCUGGAGGUGAGACCAACCUGGCCCAGAAGUGUCUGCUUAGAGCACGUCUACUUCUGCUAACCAUCCAUGGAGAGGACCACCCGUACAUUGCCAGGCUAGAUAGUUGUCUUGGCUUGCUGUUAACUGGCGACCAAGCGGGGAAGUACCUAAAAAAUGCCCUCAGACUCAAUGCUUCCUUCUUUGGCCCAACAAAUUUGCACACUGCCCUGACUCAGCAUUUGGUGUCCCAGUGGCUGUGCAGCAAAGGAGACUACCGAGGUGCCAUGAAUCACGAAAAAGAGGCCCUCGCUGCUUUUACCUCAUUGUUUGAUGAGGAUCAUCCUCAGACACGAUGCAGUAAAGAGUUUCUGUGCACAAUAACCAAGCAGGCAGUGCAGGUAGAACGCUCCCUCAGACAGGCUGGACCAAAAGCCACAGAACAAACAGUGGAGUGCCUGUCCCCUACUAGUGAGACUGUUCUGGAACAGAUGGUUCUGGUCACCGGGAUCAAGAAAAUUGCCAUCAGUGACAGGUACCAGGAGUACAAGCAGAAACAUAAGGAACUAAAGGCAGCCGUGACAAAAGAGCUGAUGAGCAAAGCAGCUAAGGAACUCUCUGAGGUUAUAAACGGACAAGGGGAGCCAACUCAAGAAAGAGGAAGCGGCGAGGAAGUUCCGAAUGGCGGAGGUCCGGCUGUGGUAGAAACCAAUGAGAGUCAGCUAGAGGAAAAAAAAACAGCAGACACCUUGGGCUCAGCUAAUGGUCACAUGAUAGAGGAGAAAACAGAAGUAGACGGAGGUGAGGCAGAAGCCAGCCCAAGAGUAGUUUUGAAUACUGAAGAAAAAUUGGAGGAUUCUGCUGAUGGUGAUUCUAGUGCCGCAAAUGUGGUCGAGGGUUCUGAAGAAGGGCAAUGUGAACAGCUUGACGAGACCAAAUCAGACGAGGUUGGCGAGAGCCCGAAGAGUAAGGGGACAUGGGCAGAUGUUGUUUCAAACAUGACCACAGCUGGCGAAACAGGGAGCAAUUGUGUGGAGAGCAUCUCUGUUAAUGGAACGGAUCAAGCUUGA